UGGGCGUACGGGUUACAAUAUCUUUCCAUCUGAUGAACCAUUUCCUAUGUGUCAUUGUUUGAAUUCCAUGGACUUUGAUUAUUCCGUAGUAAAAGAACAUUCUCUGUGUUGAUAAAGGGCGACUAUUAUAACAAUAUGCACAGACAGAAGCUAGUUUAAAUUGGUAAUCUUUUUGGGGGUUGGAUAGAGUUUGAAUCAGCAUUAGUCCUCACAGAAGCCUGACCCGUCCUCCCUUUAGCCGACUUGGGAAGUCCGCUUUCUCACCAGGCAGGAAGUCGACAUGCGGAUGGUCAUGUCUGCCGAUUUAGUUUGCCUUCGAGAAGAUGAUGAGGUGGUUGGACUUCCUCGUUCUCGCAUGGACUGGCGUCGCUCUGUGCGAUCGGUCAUGGGCGUGUCAGGGUGAUCAACUCAGAUGUGGUUCCACGUGUUAUGACCCGUUCGAGUCGACUUGUUGCUCCAACAAACUCAUCGACACCGGAAACGAGCUAUGCUGUGAUGGCAAUGUAAGGGCCACCAACGGCAAUGAAGAUCUCCAGUGCUGUGGGGCAGAGCUCUACAACUGGAAAGAAAAGAAGUGUUGCUCCACGGAUCAUAUCAUCCCGAUUGAUUAUAAAUGCUGCAGAAAUGCACCCGGAGGAUAUAUCAAUAUGACCAACAUUUUUUGUUGCAACGGAAACCCCAUUCUUUAUGCUCCUGACGUGAAUGCCUGCUGUGGGGCAACUGGCUACAACAGAAAUACUGCCAAGUGUUGCAGAGGAGGCGGCAGGGGUUCUCUACUUGCAAUGGAUGAUGCCUUAAACCAUGGGUUCUGCUGUGCCACAAGAACCAGUGAUUAUGGUCCCAUCAUAGAAUCAAAUCCUUACAGUGACAAGACGCAUAUAUGCUGUGGAGGUAAAAUAGUACCAUUUACCAAGCAAUGUUGUGGAACAACAGUACCAACGAAUAAUCAACUGUGCUGUUCUCGGGUAGCAGUUGACAAGCGAGAUCGUCAUUCCAAUGCAUGCUGUUAUGAACCUUCAACAAACAUCUACCACACGUAUAAUAGUCAAAGUGAGUUCUGUGACAGAGCAGGCAAGAUACAUUCUAACAUAACACAACUCAUUAUCAGAAGAUUACAAGAAGAAGUCCAUGUCUGUGGACGACGGUCUUACAAUACUGCCACUGAAAUAUGCUGUAGGGGAAUGCUCCAUCCAAGAUUGGGAGCCACAACGCAAUGCUGUGACCUGAGAGUUUAUGAUACAAGGUUUGAUCUCUGUUGCAAGGGGAGGAUCAAAAGAGGAAAGAGUCAAAAGAAUUAUAUAUGUUGUGGCCGCAAAGUUAUAGCAAAAUCUGACCAACGAAAAUGCCCCAAUCGAAGGCACAAUGUGGAUGAUUGUGCUCGGCAGAGCUACGAUAAGACACGACACCGUUGCUGUGAUGGAAUCCUAAGGCGGUACUAUUCAUCAAAUCAGAAAUGCUGCGGUUGGGACAUUUUUGAUUCAAGGAAGGAAAAAUGUUGCCAAAGAAAUUUUAUAGUGCGAAAACACAAAAUUUGCAAAAGGAUACUACGGAGUAGAUCUCAUCGACAAAAUUCAUAGACAUAUUUCUUAAACAAAAUAACCAUUACAAAGCGAGCAAGGAACCAGGUUUUCAAACAUUAAUCAUGUGGAUGUCUGAAUGGAUGAGAGUAAACAUGGACCACUGCAAUGGCAGUCAGGUGGUCAUUUUUUAUUUUGGGAUUGCGCCAUCCUAAGAGAUACCUGGCACAAAGAUUUUAGCAAGCAGGGAAUUAUCCAAUAUAUUACAAAGAGCUUUGGAAGUAAAAAAAUUAAUAAGUCACAGUAGAUCAAGUCGUAGAUUGGGCUACUCUUAGUAAAAUUGGAUGGGAUAUUUUUACAAGAAUCUCUUACUCUUUGCUGUGUUCACUGAAAUUGCCUCUUUCAAAAUCAAAGACCCAUCCUAUUGGUAUUGAAAUAUCAAUAUCCAUGAAAAUUCACAUUUUGCUCAGGGCUCUACCAAUAAAAACAGAGCGAGAUUUGUUUUCGUAAGAAGACAUAAAUUUUUUGGGCACCUUUUUCGAGAGAUUUUCUUUUGUAAGAAGAAACAUACAUUUUCUGGAAUUAUUUUCUACCCUAGCUCAAGAAGAUAACAUUUCUCAGGUUCUUUAGGAAGCACAUUUAAAAUUUUUUUGAGUGACAUUGUUGCAGAGGCAAUGCUUAAAAAGAACUAUUACUGCAGAUUAUUGCCUGAAGGCAAUAUACAACACAAGAGUUAAAGAGUACAUAUCAGCAUUUACAUUUUUAUAAAUACUGCCACACAUAUUCUUGUAAUAAAUAAUAUUAUUUAUCAACAAAGUGUUCAUCUCAUUUUUGCAAUAAGAUCACAUCUGGUGAUGGUCCAUCACUUUAGACUCUGCU